CUAUAUCACAUGUUCCAAAUAUAAACGAGAACAAAACAAAAAAAGAGUCGUCGAUAAGCGAGUCCUUGAAAUCCCCAAAAUGCCCUUCAACAUAACCUCUGUGAAAACCUCAUCUAACGGAGCAUGGCAAGGCGACAAUCCCUUAAACUUCGCUUUUCCGUUACUCAUAGUCCAAACGGCGCUAAUCAUCGCCGUCAGUCGCUCCCUCGCCGUCUUAUUCAAACCUCUCCGUCAACCCAAAGUCAUCGCCGAGAUUGUCGGAGGGAUUUUGUUAGGACCAUCGGCUUUAGGUAGAAACACGGCGUACAUGGACCGUAUAUUCCCGAAAUGGAGUAUGCCGAUACUCGAAUCCGUCGCGAGCAUAGGACUUCUCUUCUUCCUCUUCCUCGUCGGUCUCGAGCUCGAUUUAUCAUCGAUCCGACGAAGCGGCAAACGCGCUUUCGGAAUCGCAGUCGCUGGAAUCACUCUACCGUUUAUCGCCGGCGUCGGAGUCGCGUUUGUGAUCCGUAACACUCUCUACACCGCCGCGGAUAGACCAGGAUACGCCGAGUUUCUCGUUUUUAUGGGAGUCGCACUCUCGAUCACAGCUUUUCCAGUACUCGCGCGUAUUUUAGCAGAGCUCAAGCUUUUAACGACUCAGAUCGGAGAAACCGCGAUGGCUGCUGCCGCUUUCAACGAUGUAGCUGCGUGGAUUUUGCUCGCUUUAGCGGUUGCGUUAGCGGGUGAUGGCGGUGAGGGCGGUGGAGAGAAAAAGAGUCCGUUAGUGUCGUUGUGGGUUUUAUUAUCGGGUGCUGGGUUUGUGGUUUUUAUGUUGGUUGUGAUCCGACCCGGAAUGAAAUGGGUCGCGAAACGUGGAUCUCCUGAAAACGACGUCGUACGUGAGUCUUACGUGUGUUUGACGUUAGCCGGUGUUAUGGUUUCCGGUUUCGCGACGGAUUUGAUUGGGAUUCAUUCGAUUUUUGGAGCGUUUGUUUUCGGUUUAACUAUACCGAAAGAUGGAGAGUUUGGUCAGCGAUUAAUUGAACGGAUUGAGGAUUUUGUAUCCGGUUUACUCUUACCGCUUUAUUUCGCGACGAGUGGGUUGAAGACUGACGUGGCAAAGAUCAGAGGAGCUGAGUCUUGGGGGAUGUUGGGUCUUGUUGUGGUAACGGCUUGCGCCGGGAAGAUAGUUGGAACUUUUGUUGUGGCGGUGAUGGUUAAAGUUCCGGCGAGAGAGGCUUUGACACUAGGUUUCUUGAUGAAUACUAAAGGUUUAGUGGAGCUCAUUGUACUCAACAUAGGCAAGGAGAAAAAGGUACUAAACGAUGAGACGUUUGCAAUAUUAGUGCUAAUGGCACUCUUCACAACGUUUAUAACGACGCCGACUGUAAUGGCCAUUUACAAGCCGGCACGUGGCACCCACCGCAAAUUAAAAGACUUGUCCGCGAGCGACGGCUCAACCAAAGAAGAGCUUCGCAUCCUAGCCUGCCUCCACGGCCCAGCCAAUGUCUCCUCCCUCAUCUCUCUCGUCGAGUCCAUCCGAACCACCAAGAUACUGCAGCUAAAGCUGUUCGUGAUGCAUCUGAUGGAACUAACAGAACGGUCAUCGUCAAUCAUAAUGGUGCAAAGAGCCCGUAAAAACGGACUUCCUUUCGUUCACCGUUACCGUCAUGGUGAGCGUCACAGCAGCGUCAUAGGAGGCUUCGAAGCCUAUCGUCAACUAGGCCGGGUCGCAGUCCGGCCCAUAACCGCAGUCUCUCCAUUACCCACAAUGCACGAAGACAUUUGCCACAUGGCAGAGACCAAGAGGGUCACAAUGAUCAUUUUACCUUUCCACAAACGAUGGAACGUUGAUCAUGGUCAUGGCCACCACCACCACCAAGACGGAGGAGACGGAAACUUACCAGAAAACGUUGGUCAUGGUUGGCGAUUGGUUAACCAGAGGGUUUUGAAGAACGCGCCAUGUUCGGUGGCGGUUCUUGUGGACCGAGGACUUGGGUCCAUUGAGGCCCAAGAUUCGAGCCUCGAUGGGUCAAAUGUGGUUGAAAGGGUUUGUGUGAUUUUCUUUGGUGGGCCUGAUGAUCGUGAGGCUUUAGAGCUCGGCGGGAGGAUGGCAGAGCAUCCGGCCGUUAAAGUUACCGUUAUUAGGUUCUUGGUGAGAGAAACGUUGAGGAGUAACGCCGUCACUUUACGACCGGCAACGUCUAAAGGCAAGGAGAAGAACUAUGCCUUUUUGACAACCAACGUGGAUCCAGAAAAAGAAAAGGAACUAGACGAAGGGGCAUUGGAAGACUUCAAGAGCAAAUGGAAAGGAAUGGUGGAGUACAAAAAAAAGGAAUCAAACAACAUCAUUGAAGAAAUACUGUCAAUAGGACAAAGUAAAGACUUUGACCUUAUAGUAGUUGGAAGGGGGAGGUUACCGUCGGCCGAGGUUGCGGCAUUAGCUGAGCGUCAGGCCGAACAUCCCGAGUUAGGUCCUAUCGGGGAUGUGCUCGCCUCUUCGAUCAACCACGUCAUCCCAUCAAUCCUUGUGGUUCAACAACACAACAAAGCUCAUGUAGAGGAUAUUACGGUUUCCAAAAUUAUUAUUGUCCAAAAUGUGAGAUUCAAAGGUACUCCAUUACGUAUUAGUUUCGGUGAAGCUAAAUCUGAUCGAAAGACAGAGUGGAGUUGCUACUUGGAACAAGGCUCGUCUCCAAAAGUGGAGUAUUAUGCUCGGAUUCCAGCAUACACAGCAGUCACAAUUCCUGAUUGUGGUGAGUCACGCGAAUUCAUUGCUAGACUCAAUGCAAUAAAUGGAAAGUACCAACCUGGUCUACCAGAGAAAUUCGCUUUUCAUUGGACAAAAAUAGCUCCGGGAAACAUGGCGGCGGCGAGACAAUUACGCACUCUCCAAUCUCAGCCUGAAAACAAGGUAUGUGUCGACUGCGCUCAGAAGAAUCCUCAAUGGGCGUCGGUUUCUUACGGAAUCUUCAUGUGUUUGGAAUGCUCCGGGAAACACCGAGGCUUAGGCGUUCACAUCUCCUUCGUCAGAUCCGUCACCAUGGAUUCAUGGUCUGAGAUCCAGAUCAAGAAAAUGGAAGCUGGAGGCAAUGAACGGCUCAACAAAUUCUUCGCGCAAUAUGGAAUCUCUAAAGAGACUGAUAUCAUUUCAAAGUAUAAUUCGAAUGCUGCUUCUGUGUAUCGUGACCGGAUCCAAGCUUUAGCUGAAGGUAGACCAUGGAAUGAUCCGCCAGUUGUUAAGGAAGCGAUUGGAGGAGGUGUGGGGAUGAAUAAGAAGCCUCCGUUGGCUCAGGGCGGUUACGGAAACAACAACAACAACAAUGGAGGAUGGGAUAGUUGGGAUAACGAUGAUUCUUAUAAAUCUUCAACUGAUAUGAGAAGGAAUCAAUCAGCGAAUGAUUUUAGGUCAUCGGAAACUAGAGGAGGUGCACAUGUGAAGUCAAAGUCGUCGUCGGAUAUCUACACGCGAUCCGAGCUGGAGGCUUCUGCGGCGGGGAAAGAAAGUUUCUUCGCGAGGAGAAUGGCGGAGAAUGAGUCUAAGCCUGAAGGUCUUCCUCCUUCGCAAGGCGGUAAGUAUGUAGGAUUCGGAUCAAGCUCGGCUCCACCACCGAGAAAUAAUCAACAGGAUGAUGUUUUCUCCGUUGUUUCUCAGGGUUUUGGAAGACUGUCUCUGGUUGCUGCAUCUGCAGCUCAGUCAGCUGCUAGUGUUGUUCAAACAGGAACCAAGGAGUUCACAUCCAAGGUGAAGGAAGGUGGGUAUGAUCACAAGGUGAGUGAAACUGUAAAUGUAGUUGCUAAUAAGACAACAGAGAUAGGACAUAGGACAUGGGGAAUCAUGAAAGGAGUAAUGGCAAUGGCGACACAGAAGGUAGAAGAGUUCACUAAAGAAGGAACAACAAGCUGGAAUCAGCAGAGUGAAAGUGAGGGCAAUAGUCACUACCAGAACUUUGGAAAUGGGAACAAAGCAGCGAAUUCAUCUGUUGGAGGAGGAAGGGCACAAUCAUCAACAAGUGGUCAUUACAACAAUUCGCAGAAUUCAAAUUCUUGGGAUAGUUGGGGAGAGAAUGAGAAUAAGAAGACAGAAGCAGCAGCUCCAAAGGGGUCAUCUGCUUCUAAUGAUGAUGAUGGCUGGACUGGUUGGGAUGAUCAUGAUGCCAAAGAUGAUGGGUUCGAUGGUCAUUACCAAAGUGCAGGUGAUAAGAAAUCUGCUGGUCACAACGGGAAAUCAGACACCGCUUGGACCGGUGGAGGUUUUCUCUAAGGGUGAUUCAGAAUCCCCGUGAGAAGUGUAUAAUUAAUUAAGGCUGGGACCGUCGUGGUCUGAAUAGAAGAUGAGAUUGGUCUUCAUCUUAAAACCAUGUUCAUCCAUACCCACAGGUCUGCGUUUUUCUUCAUAAGUUGGCAGUUUCUUGAUAAUUUUUUCUUCAUGUGUUAAGGAGUAACAUAUUUGUACAAGAUCCAUAGCCGAUUGUUUGCCAAAGAUUUUCGGUUUUAGUCUUUCACAAUUUAAAUUUAUCUUCAACUGUAAUCACAACUGAACAUUCUUUUUCUCAAAAUUGUCUUCCUUGUUGGUAGCGUGAUAAUGUGGGUUCUCGAAACGCAUAAAUUAUGCUGUUUUGGCAUUUUUCUAUAAAGGGUAAAAGGAUUU